GGUAUGGCGGUGAUCAGGAUGCUGGUAUAGCAUAUUGGGUGACCAAGAUGCUGGUAUGAGUAUGGCAGUAAGUAGGAUGCUAGUAUGGGGCAUGGCAGUGUUUCAGGAUUCUGGUUUGGCGAAUGGGGUGAUCAGAUUACAGGUAUGGGUAUGGCAGGGAUUAGGAUGCUGGUAUGGCAUAUGGUGGUGAUAAGGGUGAUGGUAUGGCAGUGAUCAGGGUGCUGGUAUGGCAUAUGGCAGUGAUCAGGGUGUUGGCAUGGGGUAUGGCAGUGAUCAGGGUGUUGGUAUGGGGUAUGGCUGUGAUCAGGGUGCUGGUAUGGCGCAUGACGGUGAUCAGGGUGCUGGUAUGGCGUAUGUCAGUGAUCAGGAUGCUGGUAUGGCAUAUGGCAAUGAUCAGGGCAUUGGUAUGGGGUAUGGUGGUGAUCAGGAUGCUGGUGUGGGGUAUGGCGGUGAUCAGGAUAUUGGUAUGGUGGUGCUUUUGUGAG